AUGCUCCACGGCUUCCGCUGGCCCCGCGCCGGGUUCACGGGGAUCCGCGUUUACAUCGUACUCCACAACCUGGAAGAAGCAGCAGCGGAAUACAUUCAGCAACCGUUAACGACAGAGCUCCUCGCUGAAUCCUUCCACAAAACACAAGCGGACCUCGUGACCCGUCUGCCGGAGCUGUCGUUUAUCGAACAGUAUGACCCCGCCGAUGAAAGCAGUGGCACGGUCAGCCAGGACCAUGCGUAUAUUUCAACGCGGGUUCUGGAGAUUCCGGAGGACGGGAGUGGUGGUGGUGGCGGAGAGAAUAUUGAGGAUUGCGUGGAAAAGGGAUCUGGGUUGACGGAUGACCAGAUGGCGGCACUAGAGCAGUUGCGCGAUCGUCUUGCUCCCGGUGAGAAAAUUGGCUGGUAUCUUGUUUACAAUGGAGAUCCCGAACGGUGGUUUCCUGAUUCUGAGGACGAGGAGGAUUACGAGUCUGAGGAGGACUCCGAGGAGGAGAGCCAGACGAGGCGACAGAGUCUGGUCCAGAGUCAGAGGGAGAGCAGGAGUAGUUUUACACAGACUCCUAGUCCGCAGAGCUAUACGACUCGUCUGACGAGAUUCUGGAAUCGGAUGAGCUCGGGGUGA